CAUCACCACACGGCGCAUCGCUCGCUUCUCCCAAAGCCUACACUUGACCCUGUAGGCUUCUCUCCUCCCCUUUCCCCGGGAGCGCCAUAAGACGUCCGUAUGUACAUAAUCCGGUCGGCACUGCGAGCGUCCACAGGAAGACCUCCAGCGCGCUUUAUCCGCGGCCGCCGCUACCCAUCGAUACCACGAUUACGAACGUUUCAUACCACACGCCCGCUCGCGCAAGCCUCGAACCCACCGCCGGCGCCAGAUAACAAGCCAAUUGAUCCAAAUGGCGUCAAUAAGUCUGAUCUCGAGAAGAGUGCGGCAGAGGAGGUGACAGACGCUGCAGCAGCCACUGACGACCCAGAGGUUUUGGCACAGAAGCUGCAGCGGUCGCGGGAAACAUCACGCAGAUACUCCGCAGCUCUACGGCGUCAGCAGCGAGGAAAGAAGGCUCAAGGUCUACCGCCUGUGCACAUACCGGACUGGUUUCUGAAGAAGAGCGUCAUACGGCAUCAAGACUUGAACCAUGGCGCACAGCAACUCAGACCUCGCGCGGUUCUCUCCGUCGAUGUCAGCCAUGCUGAGUCUGGUGAGCAUGCAGCCUGCUCUAUUCCCGUAGGGGGAGAUAUCGAUCCUGCGCAAGCACUGUCGCGGCUCGUCCGUGGCUUGUGGAGUAGGCGCCUGGAUGAUCAUGAGAAGCGCAAAGUCAAGAAGUAUCUCGAGGAGAGAGCAGCGUUGGUCGAGAAGGCAGAAUCAGCGAAUGUCCCCGGUGCGAAUACUGAGUCUACAUCGACAAGCAAAGAAGGGCACGCAGAUGUCAUCACGGAAGAUACUGCGUUUAAUGAAGCCUGGAUGAAGCUGAAUAAGUUGUCGAACGAUAUAGAUCUGGACCCCCGCAAGAAGAUGGAAGCAAUGAGAAGGCAGAGCGCUAAACUCGAGCGAGCGGCUUGGAGAAGAGAAGUUGCAAAGACUUGGCAGAUGGGCACUUCUCGACGCCUGUCUUCUCUGGUAGUGGCAGAGAUUAGAGCUACUAUUGCUGCAUCUCUUUCUACGUUAAGGCCAGCCGCAGGCGACUCGUUUCCUUCUGCGAAGACAAACCUCGUUCUUCAUUCGCCAGCCGCUGAACAUGAGAAGUCGAUCGACGAUUGCGUGUAUACCUCUGCACUUGAAGUAGGAUCCGAUGUAAUCGUGCUUCAUGCUCAGGAUCUCGCGCAGUUAGCAGCAGACUAUCUUGGAGAAGGACCCGAGCCGUCGCCACGCUCGAUUCGCUCAUUAGGCUAUGAGACAUAUCGACUCAGCGCCGAGCUCAACAAUGCCUGUGAAGAUGUAGAGGAAGUUGGCGAGGACGAAUCUGACCAACAUCAGCCUUCAUCAGCGGAUCAGUCAGAACCGGGUGCCAUGCGCGGCAUGCCAUUUCGUCUGCCAAUCAUUGCCGUUACGCCUGCUUUAAGAGCACUUACUCAAAGUCUCAAACACAUGCACGUGGCCUCAGCUAGCCCAUUUGAGGCUUCCGCCGGUACAGCAAACGAGGAGUCGGGUCGAGCGCAGAGCCAGAGCGAACUGCAACUAGAAGACAUGAAGCUUGCCGCUCUCCUGGAUGCCUUGGUAGACUCGAACGACGCUAAGCAGAGUCGCGGAAUUGUCGGUGAUGGAAGUCCUCAGUCUCUUCAGCCCUCCGAUCAUUCCCGAGGGUCCUCAAAGAGUCCUGCCUUCUUCGACUAUUCAAUGAGCUCAGAAGGCACCGAGCUAGAUUUCAAUUCUACGCUGCCGACCAGCGCGACACCUGGAAUCAGCAUGGCUAUCAAAAUCGGCUCGAUGUCAAGAGCACCUGAGGUCCCAAAGAAUUCGAAGAUCAUCUAUGUUAAGGACUUUAAAGAAUUGAAUGCUACGUACUACGGCGGCCGAAUCAUCCAGAAACUAGAGGAGUUGGUCCGAAAACGACGUACUGCUGGUGAGAGCAUAAUGAUCGUUGGCAACACCUGCUCGCGUGAUCUGACGCCUGAGCUCUCGGCUAGUGGAGUUCGCGGCCUUCAAAGCGAAGGCGAGAGCAGCUUCUUCAGAACCAUUGUCAUCGCAGCAGAAUCAAGCAAGAACGAGACCAGCUUUGAUGAGUCUCGCGCCGCAGCCAGGAACGAGACUGCAUCGGCUGAUCUCCCACCCGCCGAGAAGAGCAAGUUCCGGCGCAUUAACCUAUCCCAUAUCCAAGACAUGCUUCGUUCGUUAGAUCCGGUGGCUGCUGCUAGUAUUUCGGAUAUGGAAAAAAGUGUUCAACACUUCCGUUCAUGGGCCCCGAUCUUUUCCGAUUCGUACUUCAACAGGGUACUAACAUACGAUGAGGUCCACCGAAUAGCGCUCACAAGUCUUGGUUUACUUAUCACAAGCCCAAAUAGCGAGGCAGCGACGUCUAAAAGCACUCCGUCUCAGUUGACUUGGGCACAUGUCGCGCUUUCUAUGGGCUUGUUGAAAGCGAGUGACAUUGUCAAGUAUGCGUACUUUGACAGAGCGGCGGAGAUGCCGAAGAGGCCUCAAAAUGCUUUCGAGACUCGCCAAGCGCAAGCCGAAGCAGAAAUGGGAACCCAUUCACGACCCGAUGAGAAGAGCCUGCAACGUCAACGCAACUUACAGCGCAUAGCCUCUACUGCGACGAAGCAUGAAAAGCGACUCAUGCCUGGUAUUGCAGAUCCAGAUCAGAUCAAGACGACUUUCGAACAGGUCCAUGUACCUAAAGAAACGGUGGACUCUAUUCGAACAAUAACAUCACUAUCGCUACUGAGGCCAGAAGCUUUCAGCUAUGGAAUCUUAGCAACAGAGAAGAUAUCCGGUGCGCUUCUUUAUGGGCCUCCGGGAACGGGCAAGACUUUACUCGCCAAGGCCGUGGCAAAAGAGAGCGGCAGUUCGGUGCUUGAAGUUUCUGGAAGCCAGAUCAUGGACAAGUAUGUCGGUGAGGGUGAAAAGAACGUCGCUGCCAUCUUCUCGCUAGCUCGAAAGAUGUCGCCCUGUAUUGUGUUCCUGGAUGAAGCAGACGCCGUCUUCGCUUCAAGAGAUGCAAUGCGUGAACGAGCAUCACAUCGAGAUAUCCUGAAUCAAUUCCUGAAAGAGUGGGAUGGGCUCAAUGACCUAUCAGUCUUCGUCAUGGUAGCUACGAACCGACCUUUCGAUCUAGACGACGCUGUGAUUCGACGAUUACCAAGACGGCUACUGGUCGACCUACCGACACAAACCGACAGGAAAGAGAUCUUGCGCAUUCAUCUCAAGGGCGAACAGCUCGAUGAUUCAGUGGACCUUGAAGACAUCUCCAAGCGCACUCCUUUCUACAGCGGCAGCGAUCUCAAGAACAUAGCCGUGUCCGCCGCUCUUGCCUGCGUCAAGGAAGAAAACGAACAGGCCGCCAUCGCAGCAGCGAAAGCUAGCCUCGAAACGGAGCCUUCCUCUCCCUCAGAAUCAACCACAGAAUCAACCACAGACUCCUCCAUCUCUCUUUCCUCCGACUCUAUAUCGACCUCGCCAAUCUCUACGCAAUUCCCUUCCCCGCCUUCUCAACCCCAACCGUUGCCACCACACCUUGUGCGUGGCCAAUCCUACAUCUUCCCCGAGAAGCGUAUCCUUCACGCACGCCACUUUGACAAGGCACUUCAAGAGAUCAGCGCCAGUAUAAGCGAGGACAUGUCUAGUCUGAGUGCGAUCAAGAAAUUUGACGAGCAGUACGGUGAUCGCAAAGGAAACAAGAGGAAGAAGGAUUUUGGCUUUGGAGUUCUAGCCGAGAGGAACGAGAGUGCUGCGAGAGUGAGGAUCUAGGUUGGAUUAACGGAGAGGACUGAGUUUAGUUCAUUAGUAGAGAAAUGGAGAUGACCGGCGGUAUUGUGUAUAUUUGUAAUAUAGAAUUGAUAAUGAGUACAUGAUUAC